AUUUUAUUUUCUCUUUCGCAUAAACAGAAUGAUGGCAAGUGAAAAUAUAGGCAACGCGAGCAAUAAUAAUACACUUUCAGUAUUUAUGGACCAUGUCAAACAAGUUCUUUCUACUAUACCUCCAGCUACAAAAUUCGCACUCUAUGCACCUUUUGUGAUUGGAAUUACAGACAACUUUCUGUUUCCCACCUUGAAUGUUCAUUGGUCUACUUCAGCUUGGUUUUCUUUAGACUAUGAACAAGGGCUUUUAAAGCUUCAAGUGUUUCGUUUUCUUUUAUAUCCUUUCGCGACCAUGUCUGUUUUAGAUGCAUUUAUUACCGCUCUAUGGCUUAUUCCAGAAAUGUACAAAUUAGAAAGAAAACAAGGCACACUUAAAUUCAUAUGGAUUUUGAUGUCUGUGUUCACCGUUUUGCCUGGCCUAUUGGCUGUCAUUAUCAAUAAGGCACUUUAUACUGUCUGGUCUCAAAUGUUUUAUAAUCCAAGCUGCCAUGGAAUGACAGGAUGGGUAGUAGGAUUGAUCUUUUGGUCUUAUUUGUCAGAGGAUGCAAAUGAACAAGAUAGAAUGAUUGCUGGUGCUAUUCGUAUACCACAUCAAUAUUGGCCUGCUCUUGUGUUCUUCUUUUUCGUCUUUCUUGUUCCCAGUAGUUCGAUUGUUUUAAAUAUUUUGUGUGCUGUUGCUGGCUAUUUAUGCAAGUAUAAACAUAGACAUAUCUAUAUGUGUCCUUUUCUUCUUUCAGAUGAAAAACUGGUGGAAUUAGAAGGAAAGCCUAUCCUACGCUUCCUUACACAAACUACGAAUUUUGUAUCUGUGGAUUCAGCUGGCCAUGCUUAUUUGCCCAUCUUUAAUUCUACCCAAGAAGAACCAGUCUCAACACCAAACGCCCCUUUUCAAGGCCAAGGACAUCGCUUAGGUCCUUAA